GAAUUGUAUAUCCAGUUCGCAUACACUGAGACCUAUUCAACAAAGAAGUGUAACUUCCUCUGCAUCCAGUGACCGAUAAACAAAAGCAAAAAUAAUAAAGAAAAAAACAAUGUUUUUAUUGUGCAAACAAAAUAACAAUUCAAUCUAUUGCAAACUGCUUAUUAUUAAUCGAUAUUAUUCGAACAGAUUGACAUGUAAAGCUGUAGAGGCUUUUGAACUGCUCGGUAUACCAACAUCCAGUACACCAGAAGAUUGCCGACAAGCCUAUCUUAAACUAGCUCGGUAUAAGCAUCCCGAUACAAGAAAUGUUAAUAUUAAUAAUAGUAGUAAUAAUAAUAAACAGAAAUGUAGUCAGAAUAAUACUGAUGAAUUACAAGAGAUAGCAAAGGCUGAAUUCCAGCGAUUACACGAAGCAUAUACAAUUGCUUAUGAAAUCUGUCAACAUAAUCAAAAGUUAAAUAAUAAUAAUAAUAAUAACCUUUUACAAGAGGAUGAUGAAUUGAACACGGAUAUUGAAAAAUUUCAAUAUAAAGCACCACAGCACAGACGUUAUCUAGACUUGGGAAGACAAGAACAACAUGUAGAAGGUGGAAGUUUAAGUGAACGCCGGAGAUUUAUACAAUCACAAAGGAUAGCCAGAGCAUUACAAGGUGCUGCAGACUGUAGAAUUAAAAAAAUUAUGGAGUCUGUGAAUUAUGAUGAUGCUGAUGCCAAAACUGGUCAAGGAGAUUGUAAUCGAUUAAUACCUAAGGGAAGACGUGUUAGCAGCAAGCAUAGAGACUUAAACAAGUCUACUUCUAUCAGUUAUUUUGAACGUGUAGCUGAAGAACACAUUCAAAAUGCUAUAGAACGUGGAGAAUUUAAUAAUUUAUCUGGACAAGGUCGUCCACUUGAUUAUAAUAAAAAUUUACAUGUUUUUGGUGAUUCAACUGUUACCCGUGUCAAUCAACUAUUAGCUAAUCAAGGCUUUUUACCGAAAUGGGUUCUACUAAAUAAAGAGAUAAAUUCACGUUGGAGUAUUGCAUUUAAUAAAUUAAAGUCCAUUUACAAUACAGAAUGCAAUGUAAAUUCUUCAGCAUGGCUAAAAGCUUUUCAGGAUUUCGAGGCAGAAGUGAAAGAAUUGAAUCAGUUAUUGGAUCAAUACAAUCUUAUAGUCCCUAGUCAUCAUAUGCAACGGUUUCAUUUCAAUACUAAAUCCAUUAUCGAACAGUUGAUGAAGGCUGAAAAUUCACAAGAAGCAGAAGAGAAAAACAAUCCAACGAACGAUCAGAAUGAAAAUGAUCCACCACCACCACCACCACCACAAAGUGAUAAUGAUAAAAAGAGUUUAUGGGACCCACGUUUUAUGGCAGAAGUGAUGAGCGAUUUCUAUCGGGAACUGAUUAAAGCAUAUGCAAGUAUUAUACGAGGAUUUAAAGAUCAUAAAUAA